UAUUAUUAAAUUAAAAUUGUUAGUAUUAUUUUUCUUCUAUUCAUCCCUCUUUCUGUCUUGCACUUUCCAAAGCUCUGCACCACAAUCUUCUUCAACUUGAACUUGUAGUACGCGACUUGUUUGAGAUCCAAAAGUUUGUGUACCUUUAUUCACUCCAAUUUCCAUCACAAUCUUCUCCUUCAAUACCCCAAUAACAAGAAUCGUAUUCUGCUAAGUUCCACCCUUUGUUCUACGCAUCUAUUUAUUCAUUCCCUUUGGCAGCGUUAGUGGUUAUCGCCGUAGCAGAUCUUCCAAGAUUAGUUUUUUCCGCUGAUUCUUAGCUUAACGCUUUCACACUCCAGCUUGAUCUGCUUCCUUGGCCUUUUCAGCUACAUUUCGACUCUUUCUCCAGUUGUUUUUAGCUUUGGGGGUUUCUUGUUCCCAUUUUUUUUAAUUCUAACAGAGUUGUGUUCCAGUACGUGUUCCUGUUUUUUAAUCGCAGUUGCUGUAUUCGCCGCUAAAACUUUCUGGGUCGGUUUUCUUGUUGAGUUCCAUUCAACUUUGAAAUGAAAGAUUUUACUUUUACUUAUUCCUUUCGAUUUUCUCUUUCUUGGUUUGCAUUUUGAACUCCCUCUUUUGAUCUGGGGCGUUCUGGUGCCGCUGGGGUUGUCUCUUAUUUUUCUGGGAUUCUGAAGUGGAAGUGGGAGUUUGCGUGAUCUGAAUUUGAGUUGAGGUGAGGGGUUUGUUGGAUGCACCUACUGGCUUAAAUCAUUUGUAGGGUUUUUAUGCUUAGUUGCAGAGAUGCAUCCUGAUCAGAGAAAAAAGUCAUCCGUGGAUGUGGACUUCUUUACAGAAUAUGGUGAGGGCAGCAGAUACAGAAUAGAGGAAGUAAUUGGUAAAGGAAGCUAUGGUGUUGUCUGCUCUGCAUAUGAUACACACACUGGAGAAAAGGUUGCAAUAAAGAAAAUCAAUGACAUAUUUGAGCAUGUUUCUGAUGCUACUCGCAUUCUUCGUGAGAUUAAGCUUCUUAGACUUUUACGCCAUCCAGAUAUUGUGGAGAUCAAGCAUAUUCUCUUACCUCCUUCUAGAAGGGAAUUCAAAGAUAUAUAUGUUGUCUUUGAGCUCAUGGAAUCUGAUCUGCAUCAGGUCAUCAAAGCUAAUGAUGAUCUGACGCCAGAGCAUUACCAGUUUUUCCUGUAUCAGCUUCUUCGAGGCUUGAAGUAUAUACACACUGCAAAUGUGUUUCACCGUGAUCUAAAGCCAAAGAACAUUUUAGCAAAUGCUGACUGCAAGCUAAAGAUUUGUGACUUUGGACUUGCCAGAGUGGCUUUCAAUGAUACCCCCACUGCUAUUUUCUGGACAGAUUAUGUUGCAACAAGGUGGUAUAGGGCUCCUGAGUUGUGCGGAUCCUUUUUUUCCAAGUAUACACCGGCUAUAGACAUAUGGAGCAUUGGCUGCAUAUUUUCAGAACUUUUGACGGGAAAACCUCUUUUCCCUGGGAAAAAUGUUGUUCAUCAACUAGAUCUUAUGACUGAUCUUCUUGGAACUCCAUCUCCUGAAGCCAUUGCUAGGGUACGAAAUGAGAAAGCUCGUAGAUAUUUGAGCAGCAUGCGUAAGAAGAAGCCAGUUCCUUUCUCACAAAAGUUUCCAAAUGCAGACCCCCUAGCUCUUCGUUUGUUAGAGAGAAUGUUGGCAUUUGAGCCUAAGGAUCGGCCUACUGCUGAAGAGGCUCUAGCGGAUCCAUACUUUAAAGGCUUGGCCAAGGUUGAGAGAGAACCAUCUGCUCAGCCUGUUACCAAGAUGGAAUUUGAGUUUGAGAGACGCCGGAUAACCAAGGAAGAUGUCCGUGAGCUUAUAUACAAAGAGAUUCUGGAGUACCAUCCAAAGAUGUUGAAGGAAUUUCUAGAGGGAGCAGAACCAACAGGUUUCAUGUAUCCAAGUGCUGUGGAUCACUUCAAGAAGCAAUUUGCAUAUCUUGAGGAGCAUUACGGCAAGGGAGGAACUGUCGCUCCACCUGAGAGGCAACAUGCAUCUUUGCCCAGGCCAUGUGUGUUGUAUUCAGACAACAAAAUACAUAAUACGUCGGACGUUGCAGAUGAUUUGUCCAAAUGUUCCAUCAAAGAAGUUGAGAAACAACCAGUAGAUAGGAGUAAUGUUAUCCCUAUGUCCCGGCUUCCUUUACCAGCACCUCAAAAUAUUCAAGGUGUGGCAGCAAGGCCCGGAAAGGUUGUUGGUUCAGUGAUGAGAUACAAUAACUGUGGGGUAGCAGUGACGGCAGAAACUGAGCAGAGGAGGAUGGUUAGGAAUCCAUCUGUUUCAGCUCAGUUCGCAGCGUCGAACUGCUCAUAUCCUAGGAGAAACCCAGGCUAUAAAAGUGAGAGGGGGGCAGAGGAUGAUGGGAUCGAAGGUUCAAAUGGACUGCAGCCAAAGCCUCAAUACAUGGCAAGAAAAGUGGCUGCUGCUCCAGGUGGACCUGGUGGUCAAUGGUAUUGAUAUUGAAUUAUAUUGAAUGUGUGGCCAACUAGAGCCUUGUAUUGUGCCAUGAAGCUCUGAUAGAUACUGAGGUUCAUGUGGUACACCUAAUGUUGAUCAUCAGAACUGAAAUUUCACAUAGCAUCAGACAAAGGGGAGAGCUAAAGGGGCUCAAUUCCCAGUGUUGAAGUACCUAGAGGAUGAUUUCUAAUUCAAUCAAAUGCAUCGUCAAUUAAAGGGUUCGCAUGGUCCAAUUGAUGAUUUUAUUGCACUCUAAUGUGUUAAUAACAGAGUACACGAAAGAUCUGAAAGCCAUGAACUUGAAGACAGACCGGUUGCUUCAUUGCAGAACUGUAGUUGUUAUUAUACCCGUUUUACUUGGGUACCAUUACCAAGAUAAUGUAUUUUAUUUUUUAAACAAAGACAUAUAGCCAAAGUCACACUCUCUUGUCUCUUUCUCUAUAGCACGUCUUUGCUGUUAGGAACUUGAUUUGAUGUUUAACAAAAGAAACUAGUGUUGGGCCCCUAUGAAAUUUUAACUCCUAAAUUUACACCUA